UCUAAAACUAAUGACUGUCAUUUGCAAGCUCACAUUCUCAAUGCAUUUGUCUUUUGCUGAAUAAAAUACACUUUACAAAGCAUCCAAGAAUCAGGGAAAUGGGAAAUAGUAUUAGUUUAUUAGUGUAACACAUUAUAUACAUACAUGCAGUAGUAGUUUCUCUUGGUUCAUCAAUGGCUAAAGCAAGAAUCUUUCUCUUCAUCUUCUUGUUUUUGGUGCAGCCCAUUUUCUCAAACCAGUUGGGGAAUUCUCAGUUCCAAACCCUUUUGAAGAUCAAGCAGCAGCUCAACUUCCCACAGGAAAUAGCUGUUGAGGAUGAGGAUCAAGAUUUCUGCAACAAUGAGCCAACUCAGAUUCUGUCUCUUGCUUGCUAUGAAGGAAACAUCACCCAGCUCCACAUCACUGGUAACUACUGGUUCCCUCACUUGAGCCAAGAUUUCUCAGCUGCUGCAUUGUUCUCAAAUAUUGCUGAGCUCCCAAGUUUGAAGGUGCUGUCUUUGGUAUCACUAGGGCUAAUGGGGCCAUUGCCCUCUGAGAUUGGGGGUUUGGUUUCUUUGGAGAUAUUGAAUGUUACCUCAAAUCAGUUUGGUGGUUCAAUCCCUAGAGAAAUGUCAUUUAUUAAGAAUUUGCAGACUCUUAUAUUGGAUCACAAUAGGUUUGAGGGUGAGAUUCCUGAUUGGAUUGGCUCUUUGCCUUCAUUGAGGGUGUUGAGUGUGAAGAACAACUCAUUUAGUGGCUCAUUUCCGAGGGCAUUUUCGACCAUGGUGAAUCUUAGGGCUCUUGUGCUAACUGCAAAUAAUCUGUCUGGUGAAGUGGCUGAGCUUCACAACUUGACAAAUCUCCAAGUUCUUGAUUUGGAAGACAACAAUCUUGGACCUCAGUUUCCUAGUAUUCCCAAAAAGAUUGUUUCUUUAGUGCUUAGGAAGAAUAGGUUUCACUCCAUUGUGUCAUUAGAUGAGGUGAGCUCUUGGUAUCAGCUUCAGAGGCUUGAUAUCUCCUCGAACGAGCUCGUGGGGGCGUUCUCCCCGUCUCUGCUGUCGCUCCCGUCUCUGACUUACUUGGACAUUGGUGGGAACAAGCUCACUGGGAAGCUCUUGCAGAACAUGUCUUGCAAUGCAGGGCUCACAUUUGUGAAUCUGUCUGAAAAUCGGCUGACUGGUGACUUGCCUGAGUGCCUCAACGGGACUGGUUACGGGAAGAGGGUCGUAUUGUAUGAUGGGAAUUGUUUGUCUUCGACGUACCUGCAUCAGAAUCCUGUGCCGUUUUGUCACAGUGAGGCUCUGGCCGUGGGGAUCUCGCCUCGGAAAAAGGAGAAGAGGCCUCAUGGUAUAGCAGUUCUUGCAUCAACUUUGGUUGGGGCUGUUGUUGGUACAGUCACACUUGUUGGCCUCACAUUCCUGUUUGUGAAGAGGGAACUUGCGAAGCGCCAUAUGCACCCGGGGAAAGCUCCUCAGACGAGGCUGAUUGUUGAUAAGGUGUCGCCUGGACUCACACUUCAGCUUCUCAAGGAUGCAAGGUAUAUAUCUGAGACAAUCAAGUUGGGAGCUCUUGGCCUUUCACCGUAUAGGACAUUCGUUGUGGACGAGCUCAAGGAGGCUACGGACAACUUCAACGCGUUACAUCUCAUAGGCGAAGGUUCUUAUGGGCAGGUGUACAAAGGAUGGCUCACAGAUGAGACUGCCAUUGCCAUAAGAAGUUUGAAAGUGAAGAGAAAACACAGCAUCCAAACUUACACACAUCAACUCGAGUUGAACUCCAAACUCAGGCAUUGCCAUCUGGUUAGCACGAUAGGCCACUGCUUCGAGUGCCAUCCAGAUGAUUCAAGCAUCAGCCGGAUUCUUCUUGUGUCCGAAUACGUCCCAAACGGAACCCUCCGGAAGUAUAUAUCAGAUGGACAGUCAAGACACAAGUUCACCUGGACACAGAGGAUAGCAGCCGGGAUUGGAGUAGCCCGUGGAAUCAUCUUCCUCCACACGGGGAUAGUACCCGGUGUGUACUCAAAUCGCCUAAAAAUAACAGACGUUUUGCUCGACCACAACCUCCAUGUGAAGAUCAAGAAAUUCAACUUACCCCUGUUGGUGGAGAAUAGGAUAUCAGGCCAAGCAGAAGACCGGCAUUGUGGUUCGAAGCCAAAGUCAGGAUCAAUGUCGGGCUGUGAGGAGAAGCAUGACGUCUAUGACUUUGGGGUGAUCCUACUAGAAAUGAUCGUUGGAAGAGUGAUAAACACUCUCAACGAUAUCAAUAUAUCCAAGGAUAUUCUAUCAGUGAGCCUAGCGGCGGAUUCUAUGGCUCGAAGAAGCAUUGUGGAUCCGUCAGUUCACAAGGAAUGCUCAGAUGAUUCACUCAGGACUCUGAUGGAGCUGUGCUUGAGAUGCCUGUCAAACGAGCUACAAGAGAGGCCUUCUAUGGAGGACGCCGUGUGGAACUUGCAGUUCGCGGCUCAGGUUGAGGACUCAUGGCAUCGGAACUCCAGCAGCAAUCGAAGCUCUCCAUGCCUUAACAAUCCAGCUGAACCAUGACUAAGCUGUUAUAAAUUAUGAUGUAUUAGGAAAAUGUAUACAUUGUUAGAUUUGCACUGAGUUAUCAGCUGCUGAAAAUAUUUUUGAGAACCGGUUAUUUUGAA